AUGUUGGAAAAUGAAGCAAUCAAAUAUGCAGCAUUACAUCUUGAUGGUGUAGCACAUGAAUGGUGGCACCAUGGGCAGGUAACCUUGGGUCAUAAUCAGAUUGUUACAUAUGUUGAAUUCACUGAGAAACUUAUUGAUAGAUUUGACUCUAAAGAUCCUGAACUUCAUCUUAAAGAUUUAACUCAGCUUAAGCAAUUUGGAACUGCUAAACAAUACAUUUCUGAAUUUGAAAAAUUGGUAGUUUUAGUAACUGAAAUUUCAGAAAGACAUAAAAUUGUGAUAUUCAUAGAUGGAUUGUCUGAUUCGCUCAAAGGACACAGAUGUUCGGGAAAGGGAAAAAUUCAUUACAUUGAGGUUAUGUUAGAUAGUGAUGAUGAAGAGAAUGUUGAUCCUAAUAUAGAAACUAUACCACAGAACACAGAAUCAGGGACAAGCACUAAACAUGGAGAAGGGGUAAUUGCAUUUAUGAUAGGAACACCUCAUUAUAAUAUUUUCAUAGUUAGAGGAGUUUUGAAUGGGCAGCGUGUGGUUGUCAUGCUUGAUAGUGGUUCUACUCAUAAUUUUAUAGAUGCAGCUCUUGUGGAAAAAUGUGGAUCGCAAACUGAAAAACAUGAAGGUUUUGAUGUUAGAGUUGUAGGUGGAACUAAUUUGUCCAGUACUCAUUAA